AUGGGUAAUGUGACAUCAAACGUGGCGGCUAAGUUCGCUUUUUUCCCACCGGAGCCUGCAACAUACGGCAUAACCACGGAGGAAGAGACAGGGAAGCUGGUCUUUGCCGGUGUCUCUCAAGACAAGAACAUGGAAGUCCACCAGCUUACCACAAAGUCCGGUAACAAAGUCGUAGCCACGUUUUGGAGACACCCUUUUGCGAGAUUCACGCUUCUCUAUUCACAUGGCAACGCAGCUGAUCUUGGUCAAAUGAUUGAGCUCUUCAUGGAGCUUCGUGCUCAUCUCCGUGUCAACAUCAUGAGUUAUGAUUAUUCUGGCUAUGGAGCUUCAACAGGAAAGCCUUCUGAGUUCAACACGUAUUAUGACAUUGAGGCAGUGUACAAUUGUUUGAGAAGUGAUUAUGGGAUCAAACAAGAAGAGCUGAUUCUGUAUGGACAAUCUGUAGGAAGCGGACCAACGUUGCACAUGGCUGCUCGUUUGAAAAGGCUGAGAGGAGUUGUUCUUCACAGUGCCAUUCUCUCUGGCAUUAGAGUUCUUUAUCCUGUCAAAAUGACACUCUGGUUCGACAUUUUCAAAAACAUAGACAAGAUUCGACAUGUCAACUCUCAAGUUCUUGUAAUACAUGGAACGAAUGAUGAGAUUGUGGAUUUAUCGCACGGGAAGCGAUUGUGGGAGCUGGCGAAGGAGAAGUAUGAUCCGUUAUGGGUGAAAGGAGGAGGACAUUGCAACCUUGAGACUUAUCCUGAGUACAUUAAGCACUUGCGCAAGUUCAUAAACGCAAUGGAGAAACUCUCCUUAACCAAUCCACCACCUAAAGAACUAACCAAUGAGCCUAGUAUCACUGAAACUAAGCACAAUCGGUGUUUGAGAUUCGGGAAAAAGUAG